GCACCAUUUUACCACAUUUUAUUUGAAGUAAUUCUGGUUCUUCUGGUUUUCCGUCUCUUUCGAGCCAAGCAGUACAAACUGAGGGAAAGUGAAAUACAGUUGACUGAAAAGGUAUGUUGCAUCGUCAUUGUAUUUAGUGCAUGUAGAUGAGGGAUUGUCUUCGUGUAUAGUUCAUAAUGUUUGCUUAGUUUUAAUUUAAAACACUGUUUCAAUAAUUACGUCACAAAUAUCUCCUUGACUCAGGAGCCUCUUUCUCACGAUUUGUUAGCCAGUCAUUUUGAUCAUCAAAAAUCAAGUUAUCAUCAGAUUCAGUUAUAUCAUCCAAAGCCUUGCACAACAUCUGAAUUCAUCACACUACAAAAUACUCCUGAGUCGAGCUGCAUUGCCCGGAUAGGAGACUUCAAUCUUCCAGCAAUUGAUUGGUCUCUUGAUCAACCGACUCCCGCAAUUUGAAUUAACGAAUCGAGGGCAUCUCGAAGAAUCAUUCUGCGACUUAGACACUUAGUUGUGAUAAUUUCUUUCAACAAUUCAUUAAAGGUCCAACUCACACAGGAGGGUUAACACUUGAUUCGCUGCUAUGUAAUUGCCUCGAGAUUAUCAAAAAAACAUUUCAACAUUCUCGCCUGCAUAAUUAAAUUUUCCAACGGAUCAUCAUAUUGAAUUUCAAACUCAAGAGACGAUUAUGCUUAGCGGCCACGCUGGGAUGAAACAUUAAAUUCUUGUUCUUCCAUUUGUUAUGCAGAUUGAAUCAUUGUGAGGGAAUUUCUAUAAUAACAAUUUCCUGGUAACAACAGGAGAAUCGCCUAAAAUAACUUUACCGUAUUCAUACAAAUCACAUAUUAAAAUACACUGAUUAGCGUUCGCAACGGACUCAAUUACUCAAACUUGCCUUUCUAGUCACGCUUUUUUCACGUAUGAUGAAUAUACGAGUUGAAUAUUUAAUUCAUAACACCCAUCGUACUUUUCGCGCUUGGUUUUCACCUUCUAGCUUUGUCGGUGGACAACCUUAAAUUAGCUGUAUAAUUAUAUAGAUUGGAUCAAUUUGUUAAAUAACUCAUUUUAUAUAAUUGUUGACAAUAGGAAGAAGAAGAAUUGAUAAAAGAUUGGAAACCUGAACCACUUGUUCCACCGAAUGCCAACCAUCCUUCUUACGUUAUUAAUCCAAAUAUUAUCAAAGGGUGAGCAAAAUCAUUCUAAAUUAUAUCAAUGAGGACAUGAUACACCUAAGAUCAUGCAUGGUAUUAAUUAAUGUUAUCAUUUUAUUUCAGAAAACCAGGUCAUCAAAUUAUUGUCAAUGGCAAAUCUUGCUUAAAUUUAGCAACUUUCAACUUUCUUGGUUUUGUUGGCGAUAAAGAUAUUGAGGUGUGAAACGGUUUAGAGAUGCAAUUUGUAUAAAGGAACUUAUAAAAUAGUUUAUAUAAUUGUCUCAGUUCACAUGCAUAUAACAGCACCUGAAAUAAUAAUUUAGGUUCUUGGUUUUCUGUUAAAGUUCCUACUAGUAGGUAAGGUUCCUUGUUUUCGUUUGAGUGAUUGUCAAUUUGUCAAUUUGGUUUUCGAAAAUUUCAUUCUACAGCUGCACUACUUGACUAUGCUAAUAACUAUUUAAAUUUAGUUUGGUUAUAUAUAUUUUUAAUUUGGUAUAAUUGUUUAAUUUUUAGUAGAUGUCUCAUCAAAUUCUGUUGAGAAAAGUAUGAGCUCUAAUAUGGGAUAAAAGAUCACGCUCUAUCAUUUCUCAAAUCGUAUCACUCAAAUGUUCUUGUAGUCAAAAAUGCCAAAUAAAAGAAUCUAUUACAUCAGAGAAAUUGAUUAAAUGUGGCGUAUCACAAGGUUUUACUUUAGGACCACUAUUCUUUCUCUUAUAUAUUAACGAUUUGUCCGGCCCAAUGUCUAUAUAAAACAAAUCCUAUUGUUUGCUGACGACACAAAUCUGUUGGUUCUGAAGACUCUAUAUAACUCAUCUUAAGCUGCAGUAAAUUGAUACAGGUAAUGCUAGCCCGCGUGCAGGCCCAAGGGAAGAAUAGUGGGCCUGCAAGCAAGACCCGGUAUUUUGUAAAACGCCCCUUUUCAUAACACGCCCCAUUCGCGCGUCAAUUGUCAAAAAAGAACCAAUGACAGCAUCCAAAUAUUAACAAACAAACUCGCAUUAAAAUGUUGCGGGGUUUUCUCUGCUUAUUCAGAACAUAAACAAUGUGUAAAUGGCUGCGUUUUAACUCCAAAAAAGCAAGCAACGCAGUCAGUAAUUGCCAAAUUUACAAGUGCUCAUUUUCAACUAAAAUCGGAACAGGCAAAUUAGGACGAAUUUCAACAGAAAACCAAUACAGAUAUAUAAUACACUCAGAGUAACAUCACAAGCAUCAUAUUCACCUGAGUACACAACACCAACACGGAAAAAAAAAGAAAACCAAUCUCAAACUUCAAAUCGUGAGGGAAGUCGUACGACCACAUUAGCAUUUAUAAUGUGUGCUUCGCUGUCGCCAUUGUUAUAAAUAAAUUGUGUCACUUAUCAGAUCGUGUGUGCAAUUCUUGUUGGCGGCGGAAAGUACGAAAUUUAUUCAUUUGAGUCAACAUCAACCAAAAGAUAAUUUUGUUGAGGAACAUAUAACGUAUCAAGUCUGUUUGAAAUUAAUGAAACUCAAGUAAAGGUUACUAUAGUUUACCCCAGUCGUAUCAAAUGUUGCUAUUCCAACACUUCACGACAAACAAUCCCCAUUGGCAUAACGGCAAAAACAUCUCUUCCUUCAAGUAAACAAUAAACAGUCUGUUCUUGUUCCAUUUAUAAUCGAAAAAGUGAUCAAUUUUCGAAUUUUAAGCUUAUCGAGAGCCUUUGUGAUGAAUCACUGAUCUAAUUAUAGAAUCCAACAGCAAACAGCCAAUCAGAAUGCCGCGUUCGUGGGCGAACCUUGGGCCUGCACGCGGGCUAAGGUAAUGCUUAUUAUGCUUACUGAAACCCAAAGUUUUCUCUGCAGGAGGCAAGUAUAAAGACGCUGCGGAAAUAUGGAGUGGGCUCAUGCGGGCCUAGAGGAUUUUAUGGAACAAUAGGUGAGUUGCAUAUAAAGUUAUAAACUAUAGAAACCAUACACGGAUUAUGGAACUUCAUAUCUCAGGUGUUGGCAAUCUUGUACCGGUUGUACGAAGACCGAACAACGCUAUCCAACGUAUAGUGAUUUUUGUCGAGCUUUCGUAAAACUGUCCGUUGAUUGCAUAGUAUACCACUUAUAUAGAUUAAACUUUAGUGUAUUUAUAAAUCAAAGUUUCUUUUUAUUAAUUGCGUGGUUCGUAUCCGUAGUUCUAUACUUUCAAGCAUUUUUACAGCAGUUAAAAAAUCACUAUCGGGCCUUUGUACAACCUGUCCCUGAUCACUUAGCUAUCGGGAUGCCCGUUUGAGAAACGUUAUGUACUGUAAGCACGCAUAUGUGAUAUGUAUGCACACAAUGUAAGCACCCAUAUGGAAGCAUAUAAUUGUAUGCAUGCACUCAACGUGAAAUAUGAAAUCGGUAGUAAUAUAGGUGGUAUCCGGCCUUUGCAUAGAUGAUUUAUAGAGACGAUGUGCGGUGAUUCGACACAACAAGUCCCAUUCCUAUAACUGCUCAGGGCUGCAUGCAAUACGUUUUUUUAUUUUCUCAGAUGUUCAUCUUGAAUUCGAGAAGAAAGUGGCAGAAUUUAUGAACACUGAGGAUGCCAUCAUGUAUGCAUAUGGCUUCUCAACCAUCGCAAGUGCAAUACCAGCUUACUCGAAAAGAGGGGAUGUUAUUUUCUGGUGAGUAGAACAUAUAAAAUAUGGAAAACAUGAACAUAAUAAAAAAUCCCUUCACUGUGACAUUGCAUGGUCAGAUUUUCUUGGAACCACCCCUGCACACGAUCAUAUGUACUGUAUUACAGUAGAUUCCAAUGGCAAUGAGGUUCAAAGGAAAUCAAGUCUGCGUUCAUCAACUACUGCAAACUGACGUUAGUUCUGCGAUAUAGAAUGAUCUGUUGUGAGACAACCUGUCUAUAUGCAGUAUAGACCAGUUUAACUAUGGACACAUUUGUUCACGCGAAGCGAAACAAAAAAAUGCAGUACUGUAUAGUAAUUGGUUAGCAAUAAAAUUGUUAUUAUGAAAGGUUGAAUAAAUCACUAUCCAUCGGAUAGUAAUUAUCGAGCCCAGCAUUGUUGUUGUCUCUCAUCCGAUCAUUCUUCAUGUCUUGACUCAUUUUACCAAUGAAAAUACAAUUCAUUAACAAAAUAUAUACAUAUUUUUCGCCACGAUCUAGUGAUGACGGUGUAUGUUUUGCGAUCCAGAAAGGCGUGACAGCAUCACGUAGUAAGGUGUAUUGGUUUAAACAUAACGAUAUGGAUGAUUUAGAACGUUGCUUGAAAGAGCAAGAACAGAAGGAUAUGAAGGUGAAUAUUUAUCAUUUAUAGACCUGGAGCGAGGGGGAUUCGGAGAAAUAUUACCCGAAGUGAUGAUAUUUCCCGAGGGGCUUUGCUCCGAGAGAAAUAUCAUCACUGAGGGUAAUAUUUCCCCGAAUCCCCCGAGCGGAGGGUCUAUAAAUGAUAUAUUAUACCGAAAAUUAAAAGCCUCCAAAUUGAGAAUUAAAAAUUUGACACAUACCGUCGUGAAUACGAUGUUUUAUUUUCGGAUUAACGCAAGUAUCGUCGCUUUUCUUUCGAAUCGCAUAUCGUUUGGAAUAUUAAUGACAACAUUUUUCAAAAUUUGCUUCAAAAUUUUGAAAAAGCCCCAGGUUUUACGUUUAAAAUUUGAUUAUUCAUCACUCAUCAAUACUAUUUCAGUAUAUUUUGUCGACCAUGUUGUUGUCAUGCGUGUUGUCUCGCGUGGUCUACGCGAAUAAUGUUCCACCCCAAUGUUCCCCGGGGAACAUGGGGUGGAACAUUGUCAAAAGGAACGCAGGCUCGCUGAUUGAUGACGUAAGGCGUGAUAUCGCGAUUAAUUUCAUGCUCACGUGGCACAAACUAAGCUUCCUGAUUGGACAAUUUGAAUUUGAGGUAUAAUAUGAAUAUUUGUAGGAAAACUAAACUCGCAUAAUUCCUGAACAAAACACAAAGGAAAUUAUAUCGCUGUCUUGAUACUAUGGUAAUAAACUACCAGAAAAAAUACAAGUAAAACUUCGACGUCCUGGGCGAAGGCCCUUCUUUGGGGCGUUAUAUAGUAACCUACAGUACUAACCUCCCAACUUAGUAACAAAGUAAAACAUCUAUACUCACCACCAUUCUAAUUCCAAAUGUUGUUUUAUAUUUUAACAGAAUGCGAAGAAAGCCAGCGUAACAAGAAGAUUUUUAGUCGCAGAAGGAUUGUACGCAAAUUAUGGAGAUCUUGCUCCAUUACCAAAACUGGUAUGACAUUCUGAUUGUCUGACAAUGAUAUUCGAAACAGCUUGACCUACUGUGUGUUGUGUAGUGUGUACCAUUGCCCAUAUCUAUAUUAAACAGAACAAAUAGCUAUACUCUUGGGUCUAUCACACAUAACAUAGGUCAAGCUGAUGUUUGUGAUGUUAUUCUGAGUGUAUAUCCACACCGGGCGAGCUUGAGAAAUAUGCCUGACGACGGUGGGAAUCGAACCUACGACCUUUGGAAUACUAGCCCAAUGCUCUGCCAACUGAGCUACGCGAUCAGGACGGUUCGAGUAAGUGAUAUUUCGGAACAGAAUCUAGUUCUUUCGAUACCAAUGUAAUCUAGUAAUAUGAUUUUUUCUGUGCUGGUGUUGAUGUUUGUGAUGUUACUCUGAGUGUAUAUCCACACCGGGCGAGCUUGAAAAAUAUGCCCGGCCGCGGUGGGAAUCGAACCUACGAUCUUUGGAAUACUAGCCCAAGCUGUCGAUUGCUUUUCGAAUAUAUCAUUGUCAUAUAGUGUGUACCGUAUUAACCACAUUAAACAGAACAAGUAGUUAAAUUGAGUCUCUUUUCAAGUUAAAUUUCCAUUGCCGAUGAUGAUAAUUUCUUUCUUAUUUCUAGAUUGAACUCAAGUACAAAUAUAAAGUUCGUAUUUUACUGGAUGAAAGUCAGUCAUUUGGUGUUCUAGGAGCAACAGGACGUGGUCUUACUGAACACUUUGAUGUUGAUGUAAGAAACAUUUAGUCCUGACAUUGCAUGAUUUUGUGUAGGCUUCCUUCCUAAAACUGUUGUUGGAAAACUCUUCUACCGGUACGAGAAUGCUUUACAACUUCAUUCGUAUAAUGGCACGAUCCACAUUACACUGAGAGUGUAAUUCCGCAUCAAGAAAGGCUCUAUUUUUGCAACAGCGUCUCUAAAACGGGAGAGGGGGUCGUAGAUGCUCAUGUAGGCCCAUUUUACAUUCGAAACACGUGCCUGUAGAGGUACCCGAGUAGUAUACAUUCACAUGUAGUACUGUGUUUGUGCUGUUUUAAAAUAACUUAAAGUGCCUAUGACACGUAAUUUCACCCCAAAGGUUUAUGGUUGCAUUGUAAAGAUCACUUAAAAUGACUUAAUAAUUUCUUUUAUAGAAUUUUAGUAACUUGCUCCCUUUGCAAGAUAUUCAACUUUGUUUCAUAUGCAAAUAUCACCGGUGUGACAUCACAUUGCAUAAUGACAUUUUGAAAACGCAAUAACCUUGAAAAAAUAUUUUUACAAACAAAUACAGAGGGUUAAUUACCAGUUAUGAAAUUAAUACAUAUACAAGGGCAAUUUUUAAGUUUUUUAGAUAGGUAUUCGUCAAGAAAACUAUACUUUUCUGAAAACUCAUUAUGUGAUGUGACGUCACACCGGUGAUAUUUGCAUAUGAAACAAAGUUGAAUAUCUUGAAAAGGGAGCAAGUUACUGUACUAAAAUUCUAUAAAAGAAAUUAUUAAGUCAUUUUAAGUGAUCUUCAAUUACAAUGCAAUCAUAAAUAUUUGGGGUGAAAUUUCGUGUCAUAGGCACUUUAAUUUAAUUGAAAUUUAAUUCUAACACUAUGGGGAACUGGUGAUAAUUUUGUCACAAUCCACGCUAGAUAUAUGUAUAGGCAACCCUGCCUGCCCACCGUGUAACGAUCGCUAUGUAAUCACCUAUACAAUUGUCCGAUAAUCAUAUAGUUGCAUUUUUCCAAAAGAAUGAACGAUUUUUCUAAAUGAAAUUGUAAGAGAUUGCACGCGGCAGUUUACUGCAAUUACUGUAAUUUUGUUUUGUUUCAGAGAAACGACGUAGACCUUAUUAGUGCGUCAAUGGAAAGUUCUCUUGCAACUAUUGGAGGUUUUUGUUGUGGCUCAUCCUUCGUUGUUGAUCAUCAG